UGUGCGCUGCUUUACAUUCUGCUCUGCACAAUCAUGUGGUUCUUCUACUUCUUGUCCAGCGGUCUCUCAGGAAAUGUACAACACUGGGGCUUCUUUUGCGUCAUCCUGGCCUUGCUGAUUCUCUUCAUAGGCAGUACUUUAUGGCUGACAUACCAUGAUCUAUACCGCACCCAUAUGUAUAAAAUAUCAUUCAGCGUCGCUUUUAUUUUGUGCUCGGUCAGCCUUUGUCUGUUAUCCAUUAGCUCAGUCCUGGUGGGCCAGACAGAAAAAUUUGCAUUGAGCUCAGUUGGACAUUUUGCGAUAUGCGUCGAGAUACUUCUGGUUAUUUACACAGUAAUACCUCUACCGCUGUACAUUUCGAUAACAAUAUGCGUGCUUUAUUCGAUUGUUUUUGAAAUAGUUGUCGUAAAUCUUCAUAAUGACGCUGAAUCACAUAAAUUAACAUCAGUUUUCAUUCGCAUACUAAUGCAAUUGUGCAUUCACAUUUUGGGUCUGCACAUACUCACAAUGACAUUGGUUCGGAUGCGAGGGACUUUUAUGAAGGUCGGUCAAAGCCUUCUGGUCCGACAGCAACUGGAAUGGGAAAAACAGCUUAAGGAGAAGAUGAUACAUUCUGUAAUGCCUCCAAAGGUGGCCGAUUGGUUGAUGAAUGAAAGGAAUAUUGAUAAUGAUCAGAUGGUUUAUGCUAACAUGCGUCCGAGGACUUCGAAUCCAUCGGAUCUCAAACGACUUUUUCGUCCUUUCAAUAUGAAUUGCAUGGAAAAUGUGAGCAUACUCUUCGCUGAUAUAGUGGGUUUUACGAAAAUGAGCAGUAAUAAGAGCGCUGAACAACUUGUCGGAUUACUUAACGAUUUAUUCGAGAAAUUUGAUACGCUCUGCACGGAUAAUGGCUGCGAAAAGAUUUCCACUUUGGGUGACUGUUACUAUUGCGUCUCCGGUUGCCCCGAGCCGAGGCCCGACCACGCCGUCUGCUGCGUGGAAAUGGGCCUCGGAAUGAUCGUGGCGAUGGCCGAGUUCGACGCCGAAAGGCACGAGGGCGUCACCAUGCGCGUCGGCGUCCAUACGGGCACCGUACUCUGCGGAAUCGUGGGCACGAGGCGAUUCAAAUUCGACGUCUGGAGUAAUGAUGUCACAUUGGCCAACAGAAUGGAAUCUACCGGCCGUCCUAAACAAGUUCACGUAUCCGAUAAAACAUGCGAAUUUCUUGGUAAUUCUUAUCUUCUAGAAGAAGGCGACGAAGUUUGCGGUCACAAGACCUACUUCAUAAAGGGGCGAAGAGAUAACCACUACAUUCAGCACGAUUGGGAAGAAACCAAAUCAGCAGUUUUGGAACCAACUCAAGUCAAAAUAUCGCCUCCAUCUACGCCAAACUCAAUGCCUAUAGAUUUUGUUAAUAAAGGACUUAAUAAUCCAACAUUAGCCGAUAGGUUUGGAAGAGAUUUAAAUAAUAAGUUAUCCAGUUCACAUACUUGUACACUGAGUACGCCGUUUGUUUCGAAAAGUAAUUAUAGCUUUCCAUCAAAUUCUCCUAAUAUUUCACCUGUAUCUGCGGGAAAUAUUUCCCAAAAUUCGUGCAACAAAACUGACUCAAAAACUAAAAGAUAUUCCAUGAAUAUUUCUUCAAAUAUGCAUAAAAUUACGACAAAACCCAUAAGCGCUGGACAUUCACCUAAUAUUUCACCGCAAGCGUCUCCUAGAUUAUUAAGACCUGCCAAUGCAACUGCUAAAAUUGGCGACUCUCAUCUCAAAGCUCCUGAAAAUCCGUUUAAGACAAAAGCAAGUAGUUUACCCAGUAUUUUAGAUUCAGAUAACGAGGAAGAUGCUGACAGAGUUUACAGGACUACUGUCCGGAAAAAUAAACAGAGCAACCCUUGGAAAAUCUUGAAAUUCCUUAGAAAACCGGAAUUAAUCGAUACGAAAUCAGAAUCAGAAUCUCUGCGUAAACCAACGGCGAGUAAUGGAUAUCAGCAAGUUCCCAUAGUAAUUCAGACUGUAACAUCAGAUGAUACAAUUCAAUUUACCAAUUUGGUUAAACCACGCGAAAAUAACUUGGAUAUACGAUCUUACAUCAAUGAAUCUCGUAGCGAUGUUACUCCUUUUGGAAGAGCUAGCAGCUACAAGCACCAGCGGUGUAAAUCAGAGGUAGCAGCAUUGGAAAGAGCUUCGAGUGCCACAGUGCCGUUACCGGUGGAUCAACCGUUGAAUAUAUCUAUGAACCAUAUCCAAAAUAAUGUUGCAAAUCAUGUGCAAGGGACAUGGGCACUCAAAGUUCCUACAGACGAAAUGCGAAGCGUUAGUCCUUCUGUUUGCAGCCGAAAAGAUUCUGGUAUCAGAAGUAAUAGCAGGCGUUCCAGUAUACAACAACAGAUAUAUGCCAUGAACUUGCACAACCUAUCGCACUCGGACAUCAUGCAGCAUCGGGUUUCUGGCUAUUACACUUCAUCGCUUUCCAGUGUGGAUGUUCGUAAUUCUGUCCAGCAUGAAAAUGAUAUCAUCACUGCACAAACUCUGAGGAAACAGUCUGAUCUACAAUUAAUUCGAUGCGUUCAAGACAACGUUAAAUCACAAAGAAGCUACUUCGUCAAGCCACCAUUGUAUAAUAUUAGUUUAUUUUUUAAAGAUAAAGAUAUGGAGAGAGAAUACCGAGCUAGAGCUCAUAAAAUUGGUGAAAAAGAAAACGAAAACCCACCUACACUCGCGACUUCUAAAUUUAACACUCCCAUAGACGUUUUGGUAUCAGCGGUGAUAUACCUAUUAAUAUCAAUAUCGUUAUUCCUGCUCCAGAUGCCACACAAGAUGUGGAUUUGCAUGUUUAUGAUGUUCAGCAGUUUACAGUUUUUUGCUUUGUUUUUAUGUUUUCGAAAUAUUUGCAAACCAGAGGUUACCACUCGAGGAUACAUCUGCACAGAUAGUGUUUUCGAAGUAUUCUCCAGAUGGUACCCAUGGCAUUUUUGUGGAGCAGUUUUAUUGUCCUUACCAAUGGUCGCGGUUCUCACAAAUUUUGUUUUGAUGGAUCACACUCAGAUUUACAUAAACGAGUUUUAUUUUAGUUAUUUAUUCUUUAUAUGCAUAGUUCAUUUUUGUAACUUUACACAGUUAAACUGCUGGAUGAAAAACAUAGUUUUGACUAUUGGAGCUAUUACCUUUAUUGGAAUUGCCAUUUUCAAUUGCCCGGUAAAAAUACAGACAAACAAUUUACAAAUGCGUAUUGAUAACGCACAUAAUAUAAGUGUACAAUAUAAUUUUCUGAAAGCGUUAUCGACGUUGCAACCAAAAAGACUGACACCCCCAAAUCCUAAUCCUAAUACGAAUAAUAUUACUAUAUAUUUAUUAAACAGUUCGAACUCUAUCACUGAUAGUGAAAUAAACUCUAAGCAUACGGAACUAUACAUUAAUCAUAACUUAUAUCACGUUGAAAUUUAUAUUGAUGUUAUUCUUUUAUUGAUAUUGGUUUGGUUUCUUAACCGCGAAUUUGAGAUUAGUUACAGGUUGAGUUUUCACGGUAAUGUUGUGGCAAAUCAGGAUAAAGCAAAAGUCCAGAAUAUGAAAAAUCAGGCUGAUUGGUUACUGCAUAAUAUUAUACCUCAACAUGUAGCUGAUCAAUUAAAAAACACUGCUAAAUAUUCUGCAAAUCACGAUAAUGUGGGUAUUAUAUUUGCCAGUAUAGUAAAUUUUAAUGAAAUGUACGACGAGUCGUAUUUAGGUGGCAAAGAGUAUUUGAGAGUUCUUAAUGAACUCAUAGGCGAUUUCGAUGAACUACUCACUAAGCCAGAAUUUAAAUCGGUAGAAAAAAUUAAAACUAUUGGUAGUACUUUUAUGGCUGCUAGCGGACUAAAUCCCCAACAAAGGGAAGAGGAUAAAAAUCCUCACGCGCAUCUAUUUGCUUUGAUGGAUUUUGCUAUCGCAAUGCAAAAUGUAAUCGACAGUUUCAAUAAAGAUCUUUUAGAGUUUAAUUUAAUUUUACGUAUCGGGUAUAAUUUUGGAGAAGUAACUGCUGGUGUUAUUGGCAACACUAAAUUGUAUUACGACAUUUGGGGCGAUGCCGUUAAUAUUGCCAGCAGAAUGGACUCCACGGGUGUAAAUGGAAGAAUUCAAAUAGGAGAGCAUUGUCUGUCUGUUUUACAAGAGAGGUAUGAAUUCGAAGAGAGGGGAAGUGUAUAUGUUAAGGGAAAAGAUAAUAUGAAUGUAUUUUUAUUGAAGAAAAAGAUAAAUAAUUUAGGUUCAACAUUUGACUUGUAUGAUAGUUAAGUGUUUAUUUUAAUAUAGUUAUUAUAUUUUAACAUUUGACAUGGAAGUGACUACAGACCUUAUAUCUGUUUAAAUGUCUUUUAUACUUUGUGCGCCAGUUCAUAAUAUUUCUAAUUGCGAUUAUUUAUAUCUAAGUCAUUAAAUUUUACCUUUAGUGUGAUAUCGAAACAAACAUUUACUUAAUAAAUAUAUAUUAUUAUAAUAUAAGUAUCAUUUACCAUGUCGAUGGAAUAGUUUGUUUCAUAUCCUGGAUAUUGCUCUUAUCUUGCCUAUGACCUUACCUUGUGCUUUACUAUUUGGCUACAUAGCAUUGAUGAUAUUUUAUUAAAUUGACCAAAAGUAAUAUUUUGUACAAAGUUUGAAAAUUUUAAA